AUGCGGUACCUUUUUGCUGUUCUGUCUCUCUUGACUUUGGUCAAUGCCCAAUUCGGCGGCUUCUUUGAUCAAAUGUUUAACCAGCAAGGAGGCCAUGAACAUCACCAAGCGCAACAACAAAACAGCCCAAGCGAUGCGAACCACUACAAGCAGAAUUACGAGAAUUCUAUCUGCGACAAAUACCUCUGCCCCGAUACUCUCGCAUGCGUCCACUUUCCUCACCACUGUCCUUGCGCUUGGGAUGCUCAACAAGAAAAGUUCGAAUUAGCUGAGGGACAACGUCUAUGUGUGUCUCGUGGUGGAUUCCAACCAGGCGAAACAGCUCGAAAGAUUGAAUUGGCAAGAAAGGGAUUACUGUGA